CUCUCGUUUACUCCCUCUCGUUUCUGGUUCUUUCUGGGGUUCAUCUCUCUUUUCUAAACCCUUAAAAGCUUAAAUCCUGACCGUCUGGAUUCCUCGGGAUAAGGACCCGGGUCGUGUUUGGGCCUUUUGAUGAAACCUCGGAUCGAUCUCAGCCGCACGAUCUCCAUCUCCAGCGUCGACCGAUGAAUCGGCGGGAUUGCGGUGGCGCCGGCGAGCCGGAAAAGAAGGUUGGGGAAUACGUGAUCUCGGCGAGAAGGAUGGCGGCGAGGAAAGCCCUAUCGAGAUCGGCAAACCCUAAGAUCGUACGGAUCUCUUUCGCUGACCCUGAUGCGACGGAGGAGUCUUCGAGUGAGGAUGAUGAGGAGGAGAAGGAGGUGAGGAGAGAGAGGAGGAGAUUUGUGCAUGAGAUCGGGAUUGAGGUGGCGGAGGAGCCGCCGAGGAGGCGGAGGCCAGUGACGAAGCGGGAGGCGGGGAGGGUGGUGGAGCCGGUGGAGAGGAAGAGGUUCAGAGGGGUGAGACGGCGGCCGUGGGGGAGGUGGGCGGCGGAGAUCCGGGAUCCGACGCAGCGGAAAAGGGUUUGGUUGGGGACGUUUGACACCGCGGAGGAGGCUGCCUUCGUCUACGACAGCGCUGCCGUGAGGUUGAAGGGGGAUAAGGCCGUGACCAACUUCCCGACCUCGAAGGCGUCGGCGACGGCAGCGGUGACGGCGGAGGUGUCGGUGACGGCAACGGCGACGGGGACGGUGGAGAGUGGAGAGGAGGUGAGCAAGGAUGAUGGGUCAGCGGCGUUUCCGUCGCCGACGUCAGUGCUGCGUUACGGUGUGGAGGAGACGCCGUUUGAUUGCUUGGUUUACGGUGACGUGGACGCGUUUGGGUUGAGUGUGGAGGAAACGCCGUUAAAUCUAACGGAGUUCGGGUGGCCAGAAACACAGUGCUGGGGCGAGGUCGAGUUCGGUGAGUUCGACGCGGCCGAUUUUUCUCUUGAGGUCGUAACGUUUUAGAGAGAGGGUGAGAAAAGACAUAAAACACCUUCGCUAAGUUCUGGGUU